AUGCCUCCCCGUGAGGGAGGAGAGAAGAUGGCGGAAGCGGAACUGAAAGAACAUUGCACUGCUAUGGAGAAUGAAUCAAAUGCAACGACGUGUUCUGCAUGUACAACUACCAUCACCACCACCUCCUCCUCUCGGACACAACCACCACACAUAUCUGUCUACAGUGGCUCCGACAGACAUGCUGUACAGGUUAUUCAGCAGGCCUUGCAUCGUCCCCCUAGCUCAGCUGCUCAGUAUCUUCAGCAGAUGUAUGCCGCCCAACAGCAGCAUUUAAUGCUGCAGACUGCCGCUCUACAACAGCAGCACUUAAGCAGUACCCAGUUUCAGAGUCUGGCAGCUGUUCCGCAGGCAAGCCUGUCGGGUGGAAGGCAGUGUUCAUCCCCUACUGGGAGCGUCACUCAGCAGUCAAGCAUGUCACAGACCUCGAUUAACCUUUCCACCUCUCCUACACCUCCACAAUUAAUAAGCCGUUCGCAGACCUCCAACACUACUAGCAGCAGUAUAACCCAACAGACGAUGUUGCUGGGGAGCACUUCUCCUACCCUGAGUGCAAGCCAGGCUCAAAUGUACCUCCGAGCACAAAUGCUGAUUUUUACUCCUGCUACCACUGUGGCUGCUGUCCAGUCUGACAUUCCUGUUGUCUCAUCAUCUUCCUCCUCUUCCUGUCAGUCUGCAGCUACUCAGGUUCAGAACUUAACAUUGCGCAGUCAGAAAUUGGGCGUAUUGUGUAGUUCACAGAAUGGCCCACCAAAGAGCAGUAGUCAAGCUCAGUCAUUGGCUCUAUGUACUAAUAAAACUGUAACUGGUACCAAGGCCAGCCAACCGGAUUCUCCAGACAGCAACAGAAAAGGAGAGAGCCCAACGUCUGAAUGUCGAAGUACAUCUGUCACACGGACAUCAAGUAUACAUCAGUUAAUAGCACCAGCUUCAUAUUCUGCAAUUCAACCUCAUUCUCUAAUAAAACAUCAGCAGAUACCUCUUCAUUCACCACCUCCAAAGAUUUCCCAUCAUCAGCUGAUAUUACAACAGCAGCAAGUUCAGCCAAUCACACUUCAGACUCCUCUUAAUCAGGAACCACCUCCAUCACAACACUAUGUUCCACUCCAAAGCCAUGGUCUUCCUCCAGUUUCCAAUAGUGUCCAGUCACAACAUUGCUCACCUGUUCACAUCCAUCCUCCUCCUUUAACAAUAUCUCCUACUCCAUCAUCGUCAGCCCAGCAGUCAGUAGUGGUGUCUCCUACACCUGCUCACUCACCUAGUCAGUCGCCCUCCAUAAUAAUUCAUCCACAAGCACUUAUUCAGUCACAACCACAUCCUCUUAUGCCACCAGCUCUACAGUCGGAGCAGAACCCACAGCAGCCCACUACUAGUCAAGUACGACCAGUAGCACAACAGCUUAAUCUUCCAUCCCAUCUUACAGUUCCACCUUCCCCAGUAGUACACAUUGGACCAGUAGAUCAGUCGAACUUGAUGUCCCCGGGCCAGCAGACAGUGUCUCCAACACCACACCAGCAAUAUCCAACCUUACAGUCCAUGCCAAUCCCAAUUGCAACCCCUCCACAGCUGUCAACAUCUCCAACCCAGAUUCAACAACUGCCCUUGCAGUCUGUGCAAUCUUUACAAAUGCAGCCUGAAAUUCUAUCCCAGGGCCAGGUUUUGGUGCAAAAUACUUUGGUUUCUGAGGAGCAGCUUCCUGCUGCAGAAGCUUUGGUCCAGCUGCCAUUUCAGACUCUUCCGCCACCACAGACUGUUGCAGUAAACCUUCAAGUACAACCAUCGGUACCUGUUGAAACCCCUGUGAUUUACCAAGUGGAGAACAUGUGUGAGGAAGAGAUGCCAGAGGAGUCUGAAUGCGUCCGUAUGGUUAGAACCCCUACCCCACCAACCUUGUCUCCACCAGUCAUAACCUUAGGGAAUGGCGAGGAGCUUGCUUCAGAGGCGCCGUUGUCAGAACAAGUGGGACUUCCUGCAAUGGCAUCAUCAGUCAGUGCCUCAGUAAUUAAAUCUCCAUCAGACCCUUCACAUGCCUCUAUUCCACCACCACCUCUUUUGCUUCCAGCAGCUGCCACAAGGAGUAACAUCACAUCAAUGCCUAAUAGCAUCCCUAGCCUAGAAAACAGACCUCCACAGGCUAUCGUUAAACCACAGAUCUUGACCCAUGUUAUUGAGGGCUUUGUGAUUCAGGAGGGUUUAGAGCCAUUUCCUGUAAGUCGUUCAUCUCUGCUGGUUGAGCAACCUGCAAAAAAAAGGCUCCUAAUCGAGGGUCAGGUCAUGAGUGUCAUGUGUGUUGAGUCAGAGCUGCAGAACAAUACAAAACAUGCAGAGAACUCCUCAGACACAGAGAUAGAGGACAUAAUUACUGAAGAGGGACUAGAUGAAAUGGAAAAUGAUCUCCUGAAGUGUGAGUUUUGUGGAAAAAUGGGAUAUGCUAAUAAGUUCCUACGGUCAAAGCGAUUCUGCUCCAUGUCCUGUGCCAAAAGGCACAACGUUAGUUGCACUAAAAAAUUUGGGCUGUUUACAUCAGACAAGAACAGUCGUUGGAAUCGGAAGUCAGAUAGCCAAAGUCUUGGACGAUGUGCGCGUCGACCAAGUGGCUCUGAUGGGGCAUCACGAGAGCACUUCCUUAGACAGCUUCCAAUUACUUAUCCAUCUGCAGAAAAUGAUUUGGCUUCUCAUGAUGAUGCUGUGCCAGCUGCCAUGACCACUCGUCUGCGAAGACAAAGUGAGAGGGAAAGAGAGCGUGAACUUAGGGAACUAAAAAUUAGGAAAAUGCCAGAGAAUGUUGACUUGCUACCAUCUGUACAAGCUGACCCAUCAAUGUGGACAGUUGAUGAAGUUUGGGCCUUCAUACGUUCUUUGCCUGGUUGUCAAGAUAUUGCAGAUGAAUUUAGAGCACAAGAGAUUGAUGGACAGGCCCUUCUCUUGUUGAAAGAGGAUCACCUUAUGAGUGCAAUGAACAUUAAGCUGGGACCUGCACUGAAAAUUUGUGCACGCAUCAACUCAUUGAAGGAGUCCUAGUGGGAAGCUGUAGACAGUAGCCUCUCUCUAACAGACUGAUACACACGAUGGCAUACCUAUUACUGUGAUGUUUUGUUAAAUACCUUUUUUUUCCACAUAAAGACUUUAAAAUUUACUCCUCCAGCUGUAUCAUAUAAUCCUCCAAAACUUCCAGUAAUUAGCAGAUGUAUAAGCAGUGCUGGGGAAUCGUUAGAAUAAAGCAGAGGGUGAGGUAGGAUGAAUGGCACAUAUAAAAUGUAAUAUGUUGU